AUGUCUGUCUCCAAAUUGAAAAUCGGCUGCGCUGGUCUCGGCCGCAUGGGCAAGCGCCAUGCCCUGAACUUCCUCGAGAGGACUCCUCGUGCACAGCUGGUGGCAGCCAGCUCCCCGGAUGAUGCAGAAUUGGAGUGGGCAAAGGUUCACCUGGCGCCCUUCGGAGUCAAGCUGUACAAGAACUAUGAUGACAUGCUCAAACACGAGGGUUUGGAAGCAGUGGUUGUUGCUUCUGCCACUGCUGUCCAUGCCGAACAGGCUAUCAAGGCCAUCAAUGCUGAGAAGAAUGUCCUUUGCGAGAAGCCUCUGUCGACCAGUGUUGAGAUUUCCCAAUCCGUCCUUGACGCCGCUUCAAAGAAACCCCAUCUCAAAGUGAUGUGUGGUUUCUCCCGACGAUUCGAUGCCUCUUACCGUGACGCAUACAACAAAAUGACUAAGGGCUCGAUCGGCUCUCCCUCCGUGCUUCGCAGCCAGACCUGUGACAAACUCGACCCGUCUGGAUUCUUUGUCGCCUACGCUCAGUUCUCCGGUGGAAUCUUCGUGGACUGCUCUAUCCAUGAUAUCGAUCUGGCUCUUUGGUUCUUCGGUCAGGACAGCAAGGUCAAGACGGUGUCGGCCGUAGGUAUCACCGCUGUUGAGCCCGAUCUCCGCAAGCACAAUGACCGUGACAACGCUGUUGGACUGGUUGAGUUUUACAAUGGCAAGAUCGCGUACUUCUAUGCUUCGCGAAUGAUGGCUGCUGGACAAGAAGACACCACGGAGGUUAUCGGCACCCAGGGCAAGUUGACCGUCAACGCUCAGCCAGCCCUGAACUUGGUCAACAUCUACGACGGCGCUGGUAUCCGUCGCGAGAUCCCACAACAUUACUAUGAUCGCUUCGAGUUUGCAUUUGUUACCGAGGCCAACGAAUUCACUGCUGCUUGUCUGGAGAACACCGAGGUUCCGUUGAAACUCGAGGGCGCCGUGCAGGCUGUCCGCAUUGGAAGUGCACUCCAGGAGGCCCUCAUUACAGGACAGAAGAUUUUCUUCGACGAAGCAGGCAACCGCAUCGAAAAGACUAAGCUAUGA